AUGGGCACGCCGCCGAAUGAUGCCUCGACCAGGGGUGAUACCAAAUCUCCCAAACAGUCCAACAAUGCCACUCCGUCACGCCGAGACUCCAUCUCCGAAGUGAAGCAACCCGAUCCGAGUUUGAAGCCCGAUGCUGACGGCGCGAAACCUCUCGGCCCCCCUCCUCGACCUGGACAAACCGUCGCUGGAAACACUCCCGAUUACUUUGGCGGCGGAGCCGCUGGAUCUCUCAGUCUGGAGCCCAACCCCUUUGAGCAGUCUUUCGGUGGAGGCGCGCCAGAGACACCCGGAGGUACGAAAUUGCCAUCCGUUGCCGCUCUGACUUCGCCCUCUUCGUUGCUGCCCGGCAGCGGCGCAACUCCGUUUAAUUGGGGGGGUAGUUCUCUCCGGACUGGUCCCUUGAGCCCGGCCAUGUUGUCGGGUCCGACGAGCGACUACUUCAGUGACACGCAUCACUUACGAGGCGGCUUCCCGACCCCGAACGAGUCCUCGCUGAGGACCGGCUUGACACCAGGUGGUAGCGGGUCCAUGUUCCCUGCUCCUAGUCCCAACUCCCAACAACUCUUUGCCCAGCUUGCCAGCGGAGGUGCUACACCUAGCACCAUUGAUUUUCACCGGACUGCUUUGAGUGCUGCUUCGAAACGUGAAAACCAGGUGCAGAAUCAAAACCAAAACCAGAGCCAAGGCCAGCAACAGCCACCGGUCACUUCGCAGCCCCAGGAUAUGCCCAACGGCGCACCUGCUGUAAAGGCCGAAGCUAAGCAAUUUGACCCCCACGACAACGACGCGGCAAACGGUCUGUUUAUGCUUGCUCAAGGUAGAAACGGCGCUCAAGCUCCCGUAUACGCGUCGACAACGCAGUCCCAGUCCAAGUCGCACCCUGCCCCUGCCCCCACUCAGGGCAUCGACACGUCUCCUCGGAUGAGUGUGAACGGUGCUGGCUCAGUUGGUGCUGGAUCCUCAGUGCGAGGUGUCAGCGAGGGCGGGAGUGCCAUGUCGGAUGAGAGCGAGCAAGCCCGUCCCUCGGCCAGGGGUAAGGGGAAGAGAAACUCCACCGGAGGAGGCUCAGUCAACGGCCGUCGGAAGGCCGAAGAGCCUCCGGCCAAGGGCCCCCCUAGCAAGAAGUCCAAGACCAGUAACGCAGCCCCAUCUGAUAUGAAUGGCGACGAAAGCCAGUCAGACGACGACGGCGACAUGAAGCAUGAUAAUGAGGAAGGCGGAUCCAAGUCUAAGAUGACAGACGAAGAGAAGCGCAAGAACUUUUUGGAGCGUAACAGAGUUGCUGCACUCAAGUGCCGCCAGCGCAAGAAGCAAUGGCUGGCUAACCUCCAGUCAAAGGUCGAGCUAUUCAGCAGCGAAAACGACGCUCUGACGGCUCAGAUAACACAGCUGAGGGAAGAGGUUGUUAACCUCAAGACAUUACUCCUCGCCCACAAGGACUGUCCUGUUACGCAGCAACAGGGCCUCCACGGUGCCUUUAUGCAACAGGCGAUGGAGCCCUUCAACCCGCAGAUGAACCCGUACGGCAUGGCCGCUUCCAUUCCAAACCAGCAGGUUCUUGCGGCAGGACAGGGCGUGCAGCGGCGCUUUUCAUAG